GUGUGUGUGUAAAGAGUCUAAAUGGGGCAGUGGACUGCUAAAAUUGUGUUGAGCUUUCUUUUUCUCAGUCAAUGAUUUUGUGUUUUUAGGCUUACUGUAGUUUUAUCUAAGUUUCGGGAUUCUUCGCUUUUGAUGUUGCAUCCGUGGCAGAUUCUCCAAAACAUACUAUUUUGAAGAAUCUGACUCACACAUGUUGAAAUUUUUGAAGUGUCCGAGUAAUAUAUAGCUUUUUGUUAGGUAAAAGUCGUGCAAUCCCAUUUUCUCCUAAUCUCAAACAUGUUUCUGCUAUUCAUUGAUGUUCAAGAAUCUACACGCAAAUUUCAGGAAUUAAUCAUUACAGGUCCCCUAAUGCAUCAUUUUUCCUUUUUCAAUAUAAUUGGCAUCCGAUGGUGAAUCAUAGGCUAUCUACUUAAUUCUUUUGUUUUAAAAUUUAAAAACUUUUGGAUUUGACUGGGAUUAUUUCAUCACCUUUCACAUGGUAUUGGGCCCUGUCUAAGAUGUCAUUGUCACUUAAUCACUUUGAAUUUUCCUGUUCAUCCUCUUUGUUUCUUCCAAGAUCCUUGAAUUACUUGUUCAUGCCUAAACAACUUUUUGUCCUCAUAAAAUUCAAUUUUUCGGAAACAACCUCUCUAGGGACCACGGAUGAAAUGAGACAGAAGCUUGUUUACACCAAUCUUGAACUUGAAAAAUUGAAAGUGCAAAUGAGUGAAGAGAUGAUGAAGAACAAAGAGUAUGUGAAGCAAUUAAUCCAACUUUUGAAGAUUGUUAGUGGAGAAAGAGAUGAAGCAAAAGAUCAACUUCAAAAACUACUCAAUAAACUUGAUAAUCCUCUUGUGAUGAAGUCCACAAAGGCAAAUUCAAGUAUAACUGAAUCCAACAGCCUCUCUGAAACAUACAACUAUCAGUCACACUAUUCAUCCCCGGUUGAGUCAUUCUUCGAUACAGUUUCAUCUCCUGAAUUUUCCAACAUGAACAUGGCUGAUUCAAAUCCAGUAGCUUAUGUUAACCAGCCUUUGGCUUAUGACAAUUGUCUCACUCAAUUGGCCCCAAAAGUUGAUAAGGCCUCAUUGAUUAUUGACAGUUUUGUAAAGGGGAAACCUUUGCCACAACAAGGGAAACUCCUGCAGUCUGUUCUUGAAGCAGGGCCACUUCUACAGACACUUCUAGUGUCAGGACAACUUCCUCAAUGGCGAAAUCCGCCUCAGCUUAAGCCGUCAUAUAUUCCACCAGUUUCCAUUAAAGGGUGUGUAUCUGAUAUCUCAAAUCAGAAUCUUGGUGCAAAUUUGAGCUACACUGAUUCAAGAUCACUUCAUUCUCAAACUUAUUUUGACAUGUCAUGUGGAUCUUCACAAAUGGUGUCUACAUCUAUGUUAAAUUUUGCUAAUUUUGCCUCUGGUUCCUGUUUGGAUAGUCAGAAUUUGGCAUCUACUGCUCCAAAUAUGAACAGUUUUGUCUUCAUGGGAAAGAGACAAAGGUUGCAUUAAGAUAAGUUGAAAGUUGUGUUGCUCUCGGACUCUUAAAAUUGUCUUGGAGGAUUUGAAACUGGUGUGAUAACAUUUUUUUUGGAGAGUCCGAGCAACAAAGGUUGAAAGAUGGAUGGGAUAUUUCAAAUUUUUGUACAAAGCAUUUUGCAGGGUGUUGUAAAUGGGACAUAUUGAUUGAGUUUGAUAGCAUUAGCUUUUUUAGCUUGAUGAAUUUGAUAUCUCCUUUGGUCUUUCCCUUACAGUACAGUUUUCCUUACAAUAUUCAAUAAAACAGUAGCAAUAUGAAUUUGGAUUA